CUAUGUUCUCUUUUCUCAUUCGUGACUCACUCACUCACACAAGUUCUUCUCACGAAUCACUAUCACCAUUCACCAUGGCUGCUUCUUCCUCUACUUCCCUUUCUCUCACUCCCUCUUCUCACAUUCCCAUUUUUUCUUCUUCCCCUUCACGCCUUACUCCUUCUCCCUCAUUUCCCUUCUAUUCCCGAAUUACCCACAAACCCCUUCACCUUCAAAACCCUCCUCAUCUUUCCCCCAAGAUUCGCUCUUUGCGUCAACAAACCACAGCUAUACCAGUUAACAAAGAUCUGUGGGAAAAAUCGAUUUUGAAAAGUGAAACUCCAGUCCUUGUUGAGUUCUUUGCAAAUUGGUGUGGUCCGUGCAAGAUGGUACACCGAGUAAUUGACGAGAUUGCAACAGAGUAUGCUGGAAGACUCAAGUGCUUUGUACUCAACACAGACACUGAUAUGCAAGUUGCUGAUGAGUAUGAAAUUAAGGCGGUACCGGUGGUUUUACUUUUCAAAAACGGGAAGAAAUUUGAUGCUGUAGUUGGUACCAUGCCAAAAGAAUUUUACGUGUCUGCAAUUGAGAAGAUGCUCGAGUCUUAAACAUGGAUCUGUGUGGACAAAAUCUCAGUUAUGGGAUAAACUUUUGCCUUUGCUGGUGGUCAUGUUGAAUUUUGGUUAAUUUUUUCGGUUAUUUUGUCAGGCGCUCAACAUUACUUAGUUCUUCUUGUACAUACUGGAUGUACUUUUUCUCAGUAGCUAGGUGUGACCUCAAGAGUCUGCUUUAGUAAUGAAUGUUCCGCGUUCUUGAAAAGUAUUGCUUAGAUACAUGUUGAAUUUGUUUGUUUCUUUUGUACCCGACUUGAACAACAUUUGUUGUUCUGAAAGUUCAAUUUGAUUACCAUGUUCUUA